AUGGCAGCUGCGGGAACGACGACCUCAUUCACCGUCCGACCACAGUGCCAAGUGAAGACUCUGCUCUUACCGCCUUUGAUGACUCGUGUCGCCAAGGCCAUCGCCGGCCGGUUCCCUCCUCCUCAGCGUGCUCGUAUUUCGGACUUCCACAAUUGCAGUUGCAUUGCCCAUAGCUUUAGCGAGGAACGCAUUGCACACCCUUCGCGAAGAGCUGUGAGGUCACUGGGGGCAUUGAUCAGGUACUGUAAUUUGAAAACAAUUCGAUGUGCAUCAGACGCAGCUGUAAGCGACUCUGACGCUUCUACGUUUACAUUUUUGAAGACGUUUUCGCUCGAACAUGUCCUGAAGAUCGACGAAGUAACCUACCAGGCGUUGCAGAUUUUCCAGCUUAUGAACCACCCGUCCGUAUACAAGGCCGGCUUGCAGGGUUUUAAAGAAGGAUUCAGUUUAUUCUCGCUUUUCAGUCGUUGUCGCAGCAUUGUUGGAACGAUGGAGCUGAGGAGGUGGUUCCUAAGACCUCUCUACGAACGGUCGGUGCUUCAGGACCGUUUGGACGCCGUGAAUUAUUUUUUUAAGAGUGAUAAUGCUCAGUUGGCUCAAGCGAUGAGGAAGCAGCUACAGCACGUAAAGCGUCUUACGAACGUGCUUACUCGAAUGCAACUGUGCAAAGUGAAGCCAAACGAUUGGGUCAGUUUGUACAGGACGGUAUACAGCUGCAUCUACCUGCAAGAUCUGGUCCGCAUUCGGGAGAACAUUCCAAAAUUUCUCACUGAUUACAUGUCAACUAACCCGAAAGAAGUGUUAAAUGUGAUUUACAAAUUGGAGCGCAGAGACUGCGACAAGGUGUACAUCGUAAAGACCAUUCGAAAAUUGGACAUCUGA